AUGGGUAACGACGGUGGUAGUAUCCCUUACAGGAUCGACCUGGUCAAGACCAAGGCAAAGGAGGAAAAGACCGACGAGAAAGGUCUGGCUCGGGCUCUGUGGUUGCUCUGUGCUUUGAGCAAGCGACCACUCUCACAACCAGUGGUGGCGGAUCCGCUGGGCAAGCUGUACAACAAGGAUGCUAUCAUCGAGUACUUGUUGGAUCGAACCAGUUUCGGAGACGGAGAUCAGAUCUGUGGAUACGUCAAGGGUGUCAAGGACCUGCUAAACCUGAAUGUCACCCCCAAUCCGACCUACUCCAUCUCCUCGCCACCAGGUAACUCGGGACCAUCCACCAACCGAGACCUAGAUGCUACCGCCCGGUCGCCCUUCAUCUGCCCUCUGACGAUGAAAGAGAUGACCGGAGCUCUUCCGUUCGGAGUUGUCCGACAUUGCGGUUGCGUGUUCAGUGAAGCUGGGAUCAAGGCCGUGAUCGCUUCAACGUCUGGCUCAUCAUCGCCCAAGGAAAAGCAAGACAAGGAGAUCAGCAAGAAGGUCUUGCCCUGCCCAAAUUGUUCGGAGCCUUUCGACCCAUCGGACGGGUUCGGAUCGGGGACGGGGUCGGUCUGGUGGCUACCCCUAAACCCCAAACCGGAAUACCAGACCCAGAUGUUACAUGACCUCUCAGCCGCCCGGGCCGCUGCCAAAGCUGCCAAAAAAGCAGCUUCGUCUGCGGUCUCUGGCAAGAAACGCAAAUCCGAAGCCAUCCCUACCGACUCUACACCUAAUGAUGCUCAUGCCGUUUCAAGCAAACGAACGAAACCUUCUACCGACGGCCCCGGUGGUCCAGCACGCUUAUCCAGCAAAGUGCAAGCCGAACUGGCCGAACUCGAGGCGAAACGAAAAGCAGCGGGGAUGAGCGAUGCGGUAAAGAGCAUCUAUGCAGGCAAGAAUGGGAAUGGGGGCAAGGCGGGUUUGGGAGGGAAUGGGAAUGAUUUCUUUACGAGGACUUUCAACAGAUACGCUUGA